UUGCUCUCGACGACGUUUGACGCGACGUUAGAGACAUAUCAUCUUGGCAUUGAAGGGGACUUCAUCGUCUCUCUUCCUCCGUCAUGUCCACUGUACCCGUCGAUUCCGGUAUCCCGACGACUCCCAAGCGCAAUUCGAAGAUGGCUUCUGGUCAAUCUCUCAACCAUCUGCUCAACUUUUCUCUACCUCCAAGGCAGUCUCAACAGUAUCAGAAUCUUCCUCGCAGGAGAAAGCCUGGGACUCAUACUGCUGUCUGGAACAGAGAAAGAUUCGUCAAUGCACAAUAUCGAUUCCUUAUGAACCCCAGCGGGGAUUAUACUGUACACUUUGCGGACCCUGACAUCUUUUUCCAAUGGCAUGACAUCCUCCAGGUCAUCAUACCGCGUUCGUCAGCUGCAGUCUCCACAGCAAAUGGCGAAUCUUCCAAGUCAGAGGAAGGUGUCAUGAGCUGCCCGAUAUGUCUUUCACCUCCGACGUCGCCUAGGAUGACGAGGUGCGGUCAUAUAUUUUGCUUCCCUUGUAUUCUACACUACCUUAAUACGUCGGACAACCUCAAAUGGGUCCGGUGUCCUAUAUGUCUCGACUCGGUCACCGAGAAGCAGCUCAAAGCCGUCAGGUGGAUCGACGCUCCUGCCCCCGGGGAAGAUGAUGACGAAGUCCCGUCGGCAGCCUCGUCUACUGCAGCAGACAACAUGAUGUCAUCCACUCUUCGUCCCGGUUCGACUCUACGCAUGCGACUUAUUCAGCGACCCCAGAUUACUACCUUGGCUUUACCACGUUCAGAUACUUGGCCUUCGGAUCUGUUGCCGCCUCACCAGACACCCUUCCAUUUCUUGCCCGAUGUCUACCAGUUCGCGAAGUUCAUGCUAGCUACCCCCGCUACUCUCAUUUCCGAUCUUACCCAGAAUCUAGAUGAUUUGGCCACGGAGAAGCGCACACUCACCAACACGAACGAUGAUCUUGGAGUUGCUUUCGUCGACGCCGCCGAAGCUAAGGUCCAGCACCAGAUGGCUAAAGCAGCCGCCUUAGAGACUCCCCAGCUCAAGCGCUCCAUUGAUACUGCAUACAACGCAUUGCAUCAAAUCGAGGACCGUGCAGCCCUCAAUCGGCGCAAAGAGAGGGAGAGCGAGGCACGUAAUAUUUCAAUUGAUGAUGUACCGGACGCCUUUCUGGCAUCGCAGCCUUCUACGUUCAGCUCGCCAUCGAUGCCUGCAGAGCCUCAGCCUACGACACCUGGUCCGCACUCUCGCGAUGCGAAGCGGAGGAAGAAUGUCAAUCCACCCCCUCCAACGUCGUCGUACUACUUCUACCAAGCGGCCUCUGGCGCGCCGAUUUUCCUCCACCCACUUGACAUCAAGAUCUUACGAUCUCAUUUCAACAGCUACGUCGCAUUUCCCAACACUAUCACAGUACGAGUGGAAUCAUAUACGGAGAGCACGGUCAAUGAUGAUUUACGCAAGCGAUGCAAGUAUCUAUCCCACCUCCCUGAAGGCGCCGAUGUGGCCUUCGUCGAGACCGAUCUCGAGGGUGUGGUAGGGCAGGAGGGCCUGAAGGGCUUCGAGCGCGCUUUGACUGGUCGACGGACUCGGCGCAGGGAGAAGGACCGCAAGGACGAUAAGGCACGCGCACGUGCUGAGGAGCGCGAGCGCGGGCGUAUUGUACAGAACUGGAACGAGACGACGCGCCAGCACGUCGACGCAUAUAUUCCGCCACCGGCCCCUCGCGAGCCGUCACCUGUGCCAAACCUCAACGAUCUCCCUGUGCCUGGCCAGGAGCAACCUCCACAGCUAGAGAUGCACCAGACAUCCGGGGCAUGGGGCGCAAGGAGUUUCGCGUCUGCAGCGCACCAUCCCAACAGUGGCGCCCGGAUUGUACCUCAGCGUCAGGCGCGUCGACCUAGCGGGCAAGAGAGAGAGACGGACGAGUGGGAUCUGGAUUUGGCAUUCCAUGAUCUUGAGCAGAGAACAGGGCGCGGCGGGAGCAAGAGGAAGAAUAAUAGAAUGGUCGUCCUUGGAGGUGGCGGAGGCAGGCGCAGGUAGGGAUAUCCGUUGGAGUUUAGUGACCAUAGGCAUAGUACUGUACAUUUAAGGUCUAGAUUGUCAAUCAGUUUCUACCGUUACGAACAGCUCAUAUGUACCAAUAACUAGCACCCCAAACAAUAUUCAUACAUAUAUAAUACUGUGGCAGUUAUCGUCGCUAUCCAAGCAUCUUUCGGAUGCUAGGCAGUCGGUCGGUCGCUGGUAAGCGUGAUGGUGGAGCAAGAAGUGAAAGCUACGAUAUCGAGCUAUUCGACAGUUACAUAUGUAGGACAGGAAAUGCCUGGUACAACACGCAGCGAGAGAGUUUAACAGAAAGCAAAGAAAAAUGCAUGGCAAGCAUAGAGCAGGACGUCCCGAGCAAAAGUGUACAGGCGUGAGAGGAAAGGAUGAGGGUAACCCCAGCAGUAGAUCGUCGAGGGUAUACGAGGAUUUCAUCGUGGUCAUGAUAGAUGAGUGUACGAGCACUUGAGUCCGUGAAUACUUUAAAUGAUCUGCAAGUAGUUGGAUGGCGCGAUUCCUACUGCGCCGUCUGCUCUUUUCGCCUGCCACCACUUUCCCUGCUUGUCCAAAAUCUCAAGCACUUCGUUCUUGUCGAACGAAAUUUCGUUUGGAUCUUCGGGGUUCGCUUUGUAGGGAUACAUCGCCUUCGCUCUGUAAAUGUAGUCCGAACCCGGUCCAGGUGCAGGUGCAUCUAUAGGAGACGUUGCACCGCCACUGGGAGCGUUUUGGAUAGGACCUCCUCCAGCCCCCACACCAGCCGCACCGCUGCUCAUAGCGGGCGAAGCAAGCCCAGCCGCCGCAUUAUCACCUGAACCAACGGCCGACACAGGAUCGCGAACGGAACCAGUGUUCUGGUUGACACUGGCGCCAGUAAUACUUCGCGCUUCGACACUGUUGGCCUUGAGGCUUGCACCGCUUCCCAUUUGUCCAACAAAGCUGUGCGGCUUGGCGUCGUAUCCCACAGGUCCCAUUGCGCCUGGAGCGGCAUAACCUGCGCUGUAGCCGUUCCCACCCAUGUUGUGCAACGACUGAGUGCGACGACGACGGCGACCCGGCGGGGUAAGUCCUCCAGUACCCAUAGAGUUGAAGAGGUAGAGCAUAAGAGAGUCUUCCUCUGAGGUGAAGUAGAGCGUCCAGAGGAUGUUAACGACGGAGAGGAUGAACCAGCCAGCAGCAAUAGCGUCGAGAGACGCCGCGUUGGAGAAGAUGCUCUGGUUGACACCGAUGACGGAGAAGACGAUAGCGACCGCGCCGAAUACAGAGAUCUGGAAACGGUGCAUUGCUAUAGAGUCGGUAGCCAACGUAUGAAGCACACCCAGAAUGAGGAAGAGCUCCAGGAAGAUGGCAAACCAUAGUGUCCCUACUACGCUGUGUCCGAAUUGCGCAGUAGCUAUUGCCUGAGCGAUGAAGGCGAGGAACCAGCCCACCAACGCAAGAAUUGUCGUAAAGAGGAACAAAUAGUGAGUAAGGAUUGGCGUGAAGUCAAGACCUUCACUUCCACGAGGUGGCAUGAUGGGAAACUAGGAUGAGUACAGGUUUCAGUAGACAAUGAUGGGAGACGAUGAUCUGGUGUGUCAAUAGAUGAUGCAAACGGCGUUAGGACAGAAAGAGAAAGGUGAGAAGGAC